UAGACAACUUUAUUACUUGGAGUGACUAUUUCGAUAGGUAAUAAUUCUGAGUUAUCGGAAUAUCUUUUUUUAAACUUUCACAACAUCGAAAUGGGUGAAUGGGAUUGUUGCGAAAAUCUAAAUUUACCUCCAUGCGUUUGGUUUGAAGGAGGAGAUAAAAGAAACGCCAUUGUUUCUAUGUUAGCUGGAUUAUUGUUUUUCGCUGGCUGGUGGUGUAUCAUAGACGCAGCUAGCGUACACAAAAAUAUUUUAGCCGGUUAUCAUAUGUGUGGAGUUGUAGGAACCAUAUCCUUACUUAUGGUAAACUCGGUAUCCAACGCUCAGAUGAGAGGCGAUGUAUAUGAGGGAGGGUGUUUAGGUACAAGAGGUACAAGAAUUUGGCUAUUUUUAGGUUUUGUAAUGGGUUUCGCUGCCGUAAUAGCAUCUUGUUGGAUAUUGUUUGCUGAUUUCAUGGUAGAUGGUAAACGUUGGUCUGGUGUUGCCCUUUUUCUUCAAAACGCUUUGAUAUUUAUAGCUUCGAUAAUAUAUAAAUUUGGAAGAUCUGAAGACUUGUGGGGUUGAUUAUUCGGAUAUAAAUAACGUAGGAUAGUUUAAAUGUCAAAAUGGAGGUAAAUCUAUUCAACAUUUUAUGAUUUAUACAAUUUUUUUUUGACGCAGAUUUACUAUAACAAAAAUAAAUGAUGCAACUGCAAUAUUUUCUGAAAA